AUGCACCAGGUUCGUGGGCUUGUUCAGCGGUCAUCUGCUGCUACACUCCGUUUGUUGGAGAAAAAUGUGACGCCACACGAUGUGAGAACUUGCUUCAUAGAUACGGUCUUUGUAGAUGGCUUCGGGGCGGCUUCUGCUGUUCAGCUUCUGCACCCCGUUGCACUGCAGCAGCUGUUGGCGGAGCUUCCAAAAUCCGAGGCCCUGGUUUGUGUACAGGAGGCAAGGAAGGUUGUGUUGGCAUCCAAAAACGAUAUUGCGCCCAUUGGCACGUGGUUAAAAAACUCAAACCACUUGCUUUGUGUCAAGGAUACAACGCAGCACACGGUCACAGAGCUGCGCUGUCGUCAGUCUCGGUUUCUAGCAAAGACGGAGGGACGGCUGAUGGCGCACGAUUUUAGCCUUGUGGAGGCAUUUGCACAUCGACUCUUAACAAGGGAGAUCCCACAGCAGGAGGAAAAGGAGUUGUUUUUACCUGAUGAAGUGGCGAUGUACCGUGGCGUCGUGGAGGAAUUAGUUCGACUAAACCCACAAGCCGCGCUCGCGUUGGCGAUGAACACAAAACUGCCCUCACUUGGCAGCGGCGCGAGUGCGGCGUUGGCGGCGUUGGUGAAUCUCGAUGUGCCGGCGGCGACGCUUUUCUUUCUGGAGAGCUUUUCCGCCAAAGACGAGAUGUCCGCAGCGUCCGAGACAUGUGCGACACAAGUUGCGGUUUGUUUACGCAACAAGUUAUGGGAGCUGCGGGAAGUGAGUGCGGACGACCCAAAACGGGCGGCUUUGCGCGAGUCGCUUGCGACAGCCUGCCGCUUUAAUGUUGAUCCUGGCGUUGUGUUUCCCACGGACGCGGGGGCUAUUCAGCGCUGGGGCUCACAGUUCCUUCACGAGGAAAUGUGGCCGAUGGAGCGUGGUCGCGUCAUCUCCGACAUUGUGCGGCGUAAGCGGUUGAUGCCACGGCGGGUCUCUCUUGACUGCCUCAGUAAUUGGUGCCUGACGGACCUCGAGCGGAAGUGGGUUUCCGCCAUGCUGGAGGGUGGCCAAGGCACGAAUAUGAUCGGUGGCUCCGACACGGCCGUGUAUCGCUCCGCGCUUUCAUGUGUUCUGAAAGACCCGAAGCGAUGCCUUGUGGACAGCCGGCUGUUGCGGCAGUACGCGCUGCUGCUAAAAAGGGGUGAAUUGGAGCCGUCGCACUCGAGUUUCCCGCACUUUAUCGAGGAGUGUGGCGAAUGCCACGGGAAUGAUGAGCGGCCGGAGGAGUUAAACUUCUUAAUGCCACCACAAUCAUCGCCAUCGCAGUCAUCAUCGUUAGAAUCACAGACUCUCAUGGAUGCGUUGGUGGCACUCGCACCGCAAUGUAGUUAUUGGCGCACGCUACUUGCAGAAAAACAGGAGGGAGUUGAGGCAUUUGUCGCGCCGCAAGGACAUAUUCAUGUGACGGUAAAACUUCCUCGUGUGCAUGAGUGUGUGGAGGCGGCUAUGCAAGCGGCGAGGUCCUCUCCAACUUCUUCUUUUUCCUUUGCAUCGUGCCUGCCUGUUAUUUUUGAGGACAAUGACAUUUUGGUUCUUAACAAGCCACCGCACCUGGCAUCAUCCCGCCACGCACUCAGUUGUACUCAAAUGAAUGACAAAACAGCCACCGACGUGGUCUCUUUGAUCCUCGCCUCUACGAAGAACGGGGAGACAACGCGUGGCGUAUUUCGUCAGGGCCAAGUUCACCGACUCGACGCAGAGACAAGUGGAUGUCUCGUUAUGGCAAAGACCGACUGCGCUGCGGACUCACUACGCCACCAGAUGGGCACAAGCGCCGCGUAUUCCCAGUGCAACAAGGUGUAUCUCGCGUUAUGUGCGGUGAUGGAGCCUGACCUCCGGCGGAUCCCGCUGCGUGGGGUCCUACGAGAUCCAAUGGACCCUAAGAUCUACACCAAAUAUCGCGUCAUACGGUUCUUCCGGAAGGCCCGUGUUGCCCUUUUGGAAUGCAGAAUUCAACAAGGCAAGAAACAUCAGAUAAGACGCCAUUUGGCGGCUGCCGGGCUUCCGAUACUACAGGACGUUGAGCAUGGGGGUGCCGCCUGCACCACACCACUCAUUGACCGAGUGGCCCUUCACGCCGCUGCACUCACUCUUGUGCACCCUCGAACUGCUGAAGUUGUCACAUUUGUUGCGCCUUUGGCAAUGGAUUUCGCAGAGACUAUUCGUCAACUUCAGUGA